GGGAAUUGUAGUCCCGCGGCUUAGUCUGCACAGGCGCAGUAGUCCUUAGAGCUGGAUCUCGGCUCUUUGUUCUUCUGGCGACUGGAAGUCCUGCAGGAAGGUGAAAGUAGAAGAACAAGAACUGAUCUAGGAAGAUCCACCUCACAUUUUCUGAGCUUGGGGCAAAAACUGCUAUGUAGGAGCAGAUACUGGAUCUGUUGGAGCUAGAACAAGUCUUGAUCAUCUUUUGUGGGAAAUAAUUCUUGGGCAAAAUCAGAAUAUUCAGGAAACACCGAGGACCCAAUUAUGGAAGACUUGGCUUUGGCUUUCUUGCUGGAAGAGAGAGCUUUGCUUUCUGAAGAAGCUGCUCUUUCCCAAGAAAGGAGUCUAGAAGAAGAAAACCAGAAGGACACAGUUGGAUUUCUGACAGCCAGAAUGCAGGAAUCAGUGACAUUCAAGGAUGUGGCUGUGGACUUCACACAGGAGGAGUGGAAGCAGCUAGACCCUGCACAGAGGGACUUAUACAGGGAUGUGAUGUUGGAGAAUUACAGAAACUUGGUAUCUUUGGGACUUCCAGUUUUUAAACCAGAUGUAAUCUCCCAGCUGGAGAGAGGAGAAGCCCCAUGGAUUCCAGAGGUCCCAAGAAGCAUUUGUCAAGGUUCCUUUAGUCAGGAGACUAAGUGGGAAAACAAAGACUCAGUUCCAAAGCCCAGGUUUUGUGUAGGAGAGCCAUCUAAAGAACUACAACUCACACAAGAUGGGUACUGGGAUUUCCAGUUGGGAUCUUCAUGGGAAUAUGAUGUUAGAUUAGAGGAAGAUUCAGACAACCAGGAGAGACAAUCCAGGCAAGUGAUAUUCAUCCCCAGAAAAGCUGCUAGUAAAGUGAAUGUUAAUGAAGGUAAUACAUAUGGGGCAGGUUUCAGUUUGGGAUCCAUCCUUGAUCCACAGCAGCUAUUUCCUUCAGGAAAAAGUCUACAUCAAUGUGAUAUGCUUGAAAAAAGCUUCAAACAGUUUUCAGAGCUAAUUAAAUGGAAUAGAAUUUCCUUAGGGAAGAAACUCUUUAAGUAUAAUAAAUGCAGGAAGCCCACCAGUUACCACUUAGACUUGGUUCAAUAUGAUGGACUAUAUAUUGGAGAGAAACUUUAUGAAUGUAAUGAAUGUGGAAAAGCCUUCAAUUGGAUUACACACCUCACUGACCACCAGAGAAUCCAUACUGUAGAGAAGCCCUAUAAAUGUAAUGAAUGUGGGAAAGCAUUCAGUAAACACUCCUACCUUAAUCAACACCAGAAUGUCCAUACUGGAAAGAAGCCUCAUAAAUGUAAUGAAUGUGGGAAAAACUUCAGCCAGAGGGGUCACCUCACUGAACAUCAGAGAAUUCAUUCUGGAGAAAAACCUUAUAAAUGUAACGAAUGCGGGAAGGCUUUCGGCCAGAAGGCACAUCUUACUGAGCAUCUGAGAAUUCACACUGGUGAGAAACCUUAUCAGUGCAGUCAAUGUAGAAAAGCUUUUAGCCAGAAUUCAUCUCUUAUUCUACAUCGGAGAAUUCAUACUGGAGAAAGACCUUUUGAGUGUAACGAAUGUGGAAAAGCCUUCAGCCAGAAGGGACAUCUUACACAACAUAGGAGAAUUCACACUGGAGAGAAACUCUUUGAAUGUGGUGAAUGUGGGAAAUCUUUCAGCCAUGGAUCAUCCUAUACUUAUCAUCAGAGAAUUCAUACUGGUGAGAAACCAUAUGAAUGCAACGAAUGUGGGAAAGCCUUUAGCCAGAAUUCAUCCCUUACCCUACAUUAUAGAAUUCAUACUGGAGAGAAACCUUUUGAAUGUAAUGAAUGUGGAAAAGCCUUUAGGCAGAGAGGAAAUCUUACUGAACAUAUGAGAACUCACAUGGGAGGAAAAUCCUUUUAAUGUUCUAAAUGUGAGAAAGCCUUCAGCAAGAGAGGUGACAUGUUAUUUAGAGCUCUGGAGGACUCAUUCCUGGGCAGAAUUUCAAUGGAAUGAUUAAGGAAGGGUUGUCUUCAGCAUCAGCUGUCAGUCCAUUUGAAACAUCAGAUCAUUGUACUGAAAAGAAAGCCUGAGGAAUGUUUUGACCAUGUGAAGACCUUUAGGUCUAUGCAUCAGAUAUGCCAUGCUGGAGAUUAACUCCAUGGAGGGAUGCUAAAAGGAAAACAUUAUGAGCUGUUAAAUAGGGGAUGGGGACCAGACCUGUGAUUUCAUUGAUAUAAUGAACUCCUGAGUGAGGAAACUCCUCUACUGAUUAAUGCAAGUCAGUGCCUCCUUUGCACCUUAUGGUCUUUGAUGGUUUCCCAGAGCACUGGAUGGUUAGAGGACUGGCCUGGGGUCACCAAGCCAGUAUGUAUCUAGGACAAGACAAGAACCCAGGUCUUCCUGGAUGCAAGGCCACCAUUCAUCUGUACACUACAUCACACAUGGAGGAUAAAGAUUCCCUAGUUUGUCACCAUCUAUAAUAUUUGUUGAUCAUCUGAAGGGAAAGAUAAUCCUUUCUUUUCUUGUCUCUCUCUUCUGUUAGACAUUUUAGUUGCCACUGGGUGGCUAUAGAGUCACCUAUGGUGAAUACGGCAUUUAUGCUGAUUUAGGAGCUGAAGUCAUGCCUAAACCAUUAAAAGGUUCCUUAAUAGACUGAUUCAACUUUAAUAACCUGUUAGAACAAAAGACUAAAAAAGGUAGAGGAAUAACCUAAGGUAGCUGUCUUGCUUGAGAGGGUGUGUGUGUGUGUGGCAGGGGAGAGGUGCUUAGAAACUACUUACAUGGGAGGCCUUCUGAGAUGGAAACAAAUUCUUCCUACGCCUAGCUUGGUCUACUUUAAGUCCGUUGUCCUGCUUUGAAGUCUGGAAGAGAAGCAUACGGUAUCAGAACUGGAAAGGCCUUUAAAUUAGAUCAUUUCCUUUGGCAAUUAAGACUCUGGCUGAGAAUGAGGAAGGGGGUCUUACAUUCUACUUCCUGACACUAGGGGAGGUGGAAGCUUCCAGGAGAAUCCAGCUUAAGAGAGCAUCUAUGAGCUUUGAGCAUAACUGAUUGAACAUGGGAGCUAUAUUUAAGGGUGAUUGCAACAGAGCUGAGUCUACAGUUAAUCUGAAGUGCAUAAGGGGCCACUCUAAUGAUAUCAAGGCAUAUGUGGACUAUGAGGUCAAUUUUUGGCAAGCACAGGGCUUUUAUUAGUCACCUGAUUCUGGUGCCUGAUAGGCUUCAGUAGGCUUGUAAUUCUGUGGCAGAAAUAAAACCAUAUCGUAGAAUUCCAUCAUGCUACCCACUUGCCAUCCCUCUUAAUUUUUCCUUGAAUUUCUCCCUAAUUCCACUCCAUUUUUCACAAACCACUUCCCAGCCUAUGUGCCCCAUUAUGCCCCCGUACUUUUUGGUCUAUCCUGUAACAAAGCACAAUGUCUUGACCUUACAUAAGGUCCUUUACGUCCAAAUAACACCCUUGCUGCAAUUUCCCCUCACUUUUUUCUUAUAUCCUUAAUAUUCACAGCAAUAGUAGUAAUAAUAAUAACUGAUGGUUAUAUAGUAUUGUAAAAUGUUUGAAGAACUUUGCACAUAUUAAUCUCAUUUGAGCUUCCCAAUACCAUAAUGGUAGAAUCUCUCCCAACAGGUAUAUCCCCAACCCCUAAGCAGAAAUCAAAAUACAAAAACGCCAUCCCAUUAUCCCUUUAGGAUUUCCAACUCCAUAAUAAAGCAAAUCACGAGUAUUGUGGUAGAAUAAUCUUUGGCCUAAUGUAGGAUCUAUUGAGCUUCCAGCAAAGUGUUGCCCAAGAGAUAAUUGUUUUUUUUUCCACAGCUUUCUCUAUCCAUGCCUCAUUUGAUCUUCAGGUAAAUUUCCAGUCCCCAAGGGUUCCAUCCUGUUUUACAUGUGAAUUCAAUAGGAAUAUAGAUUGAAUAGCAUUCCUCUGGUCCACUUGGUGCCAAUGGGAAGAGUCCAGGCGUGGAAUGAAGUAAAAAGGAAUACUAUUUAUUAUUAAACUGAUGGACCACCCUAGUUCCCCAGACUGUCUAGAAGUGGAGAUCUUUGGAAGUUAACGUUACUCUCUUUUUUUCCUUAGCUCUGGAUUUGAAGUCACAGGUCUUCUUAGAAUUCCACCUGUGUUAUUUAUAAACUGUGUCACCUUAGGCAAGACACUUACCCUCACUGGGCCUCAGCUUCCUCAUUUGUAAAUUGAGGGUAUUGGUAUAGAUGAUCUCCAAGUUCCUUUCCAUCUCUGAAUCCUAUGAUCAUAUGAAGCUUUUCCCUUCUGUUCUAUCAACCUCUCAGGUAAGUAGGAGAAUAGAAAAGCAUUGGAGUUGCUAUCUCAGCAGAUUUCUAGAUCAGCCCUUGGAGGAGAGGCAUCCUAAGUAGGCUGUUAUUAUGGAGUUUUAUUGUGAGUUUGUGGCAUGCUUCCACCAGCCCUAAUCAAUGUGUACUGACCAGGACUCAACAGGCUCAUGUCUGCCUACUUCGGGACCUUUUGGGAAUUUUCCCCCAGCCUCACUCCUGCAUAUUUUUUACCUUUGUAUUCUAUGGAUGCCACAUUGUGCCUCUCUAAGACAAGAUCAUAUCCAUUGUUAUCCAUCCUCUUAUUUGCCUGAAGAUGUCUGUGGUACAAUAUCACUACCAGCCCCUCUCUUGGCAAUAUAUUUUCUUCUACUUUUCUUUACGUUUUUGGUUUCUAAUCUCUUCUUUGUCUCUUUCUUUCUCAUCAUAUGUAUCUGUAUACUUUCUAUUUAUUAUUUAUUGGUUGGAGUAUAUAAAAGAUCCAGGUCAAAGAGUAUUUGUUAUCAAUGGCAGAUGUUCCAAACAGUAGAGUGGAAGGAGAAGAGAAGUGGCUAGAGGUAGGGAUGGGGGUUGGAUUGAUAUUAACCAUUUACUGAUUCCACUGGGCCUCAUUCUAUUUUUCUUUUCGUAAUUAGUUCAUAACUUCUGCAACUUUUCUUUUUCUUUAGAUGUGAUGAAAAUGACUACUUUAACUAAUCUCAGGAUACUCAUCUUCAAGACAGUGACCACUCUAAUUUUAUUUUUAAUUCUUCUUUUUGCUUAUAAUUCCUCUUCUGCCACCUGAAAUAGCCAGUGCUUCUCUUUUAGCUGUCAUCACCAUCUAUCUAUCCCGCUUUCCCCAAUAUACAUAAUCCAGGCCAUCAAAAAGAUUGGGGUCUGACUCCCCACUCCUUGGAACAAACCUUUCUCUGCUUCAGCCAAGUUGGAGUGAUGGGUUUGAUAAAGGUUUUUUGUUUUUUUUUAAUACCAACAUUCCAUUUAGAACUAUGGGGUUAAUGUAAAAUUUCCAAGCUUUUGCCUACUUGAUUGGUAUUCCCUCUGCAGCAUGCUUAGCCAAGCCCAGUUUCUGCUCUGCUAAUUGCUGGCAUUCCAAAAAACCACUUUCCCUAUUAGAAAUCUCUUUCCCCCAUUCUACCUCUUCCUGAAAACUCUUUCCUUUGUAGAUCAAGCCAACCCUCAUCCCUACCCCUUGUUAUAUCAGUCUUUCCCUUCUACUAUGGCCUUUGGAACAUCUGCUAUUAGUGGCCAAGUACUAUUUGACCUGGAUCUUUUAUACACUCCUACAAGUGAUCUAACUUUGCCCAUAUACACUAUCCUUUGCCAACCUCUUCAGUUUUGGUCCCUCCUCUUUGUGUGUUCCAUUGCUCCCCCCUAACCCCCAAAACAUAGGACUAGCAGGGGCAGUUGACAUGUAAUGCUACCUUUGGAUUCAUUUUAUACCACCACUCAACCUUUCUUCUUGAAGUUCAUUGGAUCCAAUGGAUCCAAUCCUUCCACUCCUCAAUUAGUAAAAAUGUAUUAAGUGCUUACUAUGUGCCAGGCACUGUGCUAAACACUAGGUAUACAAAAUAUGUCAAAAGUUGUUCCCUACUCUCAAGGAGCUCACAGUCUAAAGAGGGAGACAACAUUAAAACACCUAAGUUCAAACAAGGUAUAAACAAGAAUAAAUGAGAGUUAAUCUCUAGCAGGAAGGCACUAGCAUUGACAUCAAGAAAGCCUUCUUAUAGAAGAUGAAAUUUUAGUUGAGACUUAAGAAAGCUAGGCAGUGAAGAUAUCUAGAGUCUCAAGAUUCUGCUCAUUUUAUUUCCAUAAUGCCAUAUAUCUUUUCUCUAUUUCCACUAUUAGGAAACUCUCAUCAUCCCUUGCCUGGUAUUUAGCCUUCUAACUAGUUUCUGUUUCUGGUCUACCUUCUGUCCAUCCUUUAUCUGACUUUAGACUGACCAUGAAACUGUCUCUGGCAAAAACCAUCAUUGGCUUUCCAAUAUCUAUAUAAGAUGCAAAACAGAUUUUUGGCCCUCUUCAGACUGACCCCAACUUCAUUUACAGCCAUAUUUCAUGCUACUUACAUUGCCUAGUAUGUUACCACCAUGCUGUUCUACAAGCUGUUUCCGAAUCUUAUCCUAUCUUUUCACACCUCUGGACAUUUCUAUAGAUUGUGCAGCCUGCGUGAAACACCCUCUGAAUCCCUUGCUUUUGAAAUUAAUCUCUUCCUUAAAGGCCUAGAUCAGAUGCCACCUCCUCCAUGAAAGUUUCCCUAAUCUGCCCCUUCUGACAGUGACCUCUCAGCACAUUCUACCUUAUAUAUUUAUUAAUAUACAUCUUAUCUUAUCCCCUCGUGAUGUAUUUCCUUGCAUGCUAUUUCCCCGUUUUUGUAAUCCCAUCCUAGCACAAGGCUUUGUACAGACACUUAAUAAAUUGCUCCUGAAUUGAA